AGAUUUAAAGACACAUUAAAAAGUGCAGGGUGUGUUUUAAACUCUCGAUAUAUAACCCAUUAAAUAAACUUAAAAUACACUAAAUGUGUGAGUGAAAACUUAAACAUAAACAAAACAUUUUUAAAAUGUACUCGCAAAACCCUGCAAUUCUACUUUAAUAAAAUCCAACAAUAACGUGAUUAGUUACAUAGUUCAGUUACAUGGAUGUUUUUUACAUUUGGCUUGAAUAGCAUUUUUCUACCCAAAUCAAUAUUUUACCAAAGGUUUGAUUAAAAGUGCUAGACUUCAAAUCCCUCUAUUUUUCCCUGUCUACCUCUAGCCAUUCCAACUGCUGUUGAAAAGAGCUGCUCAGAUUAUUUUUCACUCUAUCAGAAUUAUUUGAUAUUAAUCAAACGCUUGAUUGUCAGAGACUGAAAUGAAAAAUGAAAUUCUCAUAAUUUCCAUGAUGUCUCUCAGCAUGUUAAAUGGUAAGGACAAGCUGUCUUCGGCCAAACUCAAGAAUAAAUUUCAAACUUUACCACAAGAUAUUCAUGCCCAUUUAAAAUCUCCAUGUUAUUAAUGUUCACUAUUGGGGACUUCCUACUAUACAUGUAUUUGCACAGUUUAAAAAUAAGCAGUAGAUUUCUAAAACUCUUUCAUUCGCAGCAAUAAAAUAGGCUAUGGAUUAGCCUAUAUGAAAGUUUGAGACUUCCAGUCCUACAAAUCCCCAAUUCCCAAAUGUCGAAAUUAAAUCCUAAAUGCAUAAAAGUGACUGCAGCUCUUAAAAGAUCUUGUAGGACUGAAGCUGUGUGCGCUAGCGAAUCUCAAUUGUACCACGAGACCCAGGGCUUUUGCCUCAUCGUGACGUGGAAGAGUUCCCUUCGACAAAUAUAAACAUGUCUAAAUUUAGUCCUCUCACAGAAUUUAUUCCCCGACUAUUCUUUUGACGGUAGUCACGUGUGAGCAUUUCGUGAGUUUGUGGGGGUGGGGGUGACAUUUUGACAUAUAAAGCUGUUUCAAGGGCGAAUUCUGCAUUAGAAGCGCGCGCUAACCCGAGCUGCGCAAUUGCAUUCCUUUAGGGUUGCGAGGAAGAGCGGAUUAAUCGUCCAAUCUUGAAAUUUCGCGUACCAACUGUUCGAAUGGAUUUUCCCAACACUUCUCUGACUAAACGGGGGUCGGAGUCAUGGAGACCCGUGGAUCGAGCGUCCGUGUACAAGUGGAUAUCACGUUGGGGGAUCUACAAGUCGUAUUGAUGCGAUUUAGUUCCCCGUCAUGAACUGUCCUGGAGUUGCGGUUCAAAGUUGGGGGCUUUAAGAGCGGGGAACAUCAUGCACACAGCGGAGCUCGCGCUCUCUCUCCUACUCGUCGUGAUCAUCGUUGUGUCGCUGCUGUCCAACGUGCUGGUGCUGAUCUGCUUCUUGUACAAUGCAGAAAUUCGCAAGCAGGUCCCUGGGUUGUUUAUACUCAACCUGACGUUCUGCAACCUUCUUCUGUCCGCCUCCAGCAUGCCGUUGACUCUUUUCGGGGUGUUGAGUAAAUCGCAUCCCGGAGGACACAUUUUCUGUCAGGUGGUCGGGUUUCUGGACACUUUCCUUACCACUAACUCCAUGCUGAGCAUGGCUGCGCUCAGUAUCGACCGGUGGGUUGCAGUGGUGUUUCCUCUGAGUUACCAUUCCAGGAUCCGUCACCGGGACGCUGUAAUCGCGCUGGCUUACACGUGGGUGCACUCGCUGUCCUUCUCUGUGGUUGCCGCGUGCCUCUCCUGGGUGGGUUACCAUCAGCUGUACGCUUCGUGCACCCUCUGUAACGGCAGGGCGGUCAAUGCCAAGACGCAGUUCGCAAUUUACACCAUGGUGCUGCACUCGCUCACGUUCCUGUUGGUGUCGGUGGUGCUCUGCUUCACGUAUAUGAAAGUGCUCAAAGUCGCGCGCUUUCACUGCAAGCGCAUAGACGUGAUAACCAUGCAAACGCUCGUACUGCUGGUGGACAUUCAUCCGAGUGUUCGUCAGCGCUGUCUGGAGGAGCAGAAAAGGAGAAGACAGAGAGCCACCCGCAAAAUUAGUACCUUCAUUGGAACCUUCGUCAUCUGUUUCACCCCGUAUGUCAUUACCAGGAUCGUGGAGCUAUUUGUGACGGAGCCAUUUAAUCCAUAUUGGGGUGUGCUGUGUAAGAGUCUGGCAUACAGCAAAGCUGCAUGUGACCCCUUCGUCUACUCUCUUCUGCGACACCAGUACAGGAAGACCUGCAGUGACAUCAUCAAUCGACUCUUGAAACGCAGUUCCCCGAAUGGAUCCAUGCAUCAGCAGGAAAAUGGAAAGAUUGGGAGGGCCAAGGAAAUCGUAAAAGAUGGGAAGUUGAAGCCAGACCUAAACACUGAGGACUCCUGUUGCUAUAGAGAUGAACGAUCACAAAGGUAGAGCUUCGACUCUGGUUGGAGAGAGAACAAUGAAGGCUGAGGAAACAGCGGGAUUCCAGGCUCUGCAUUUCUCAACUCAAACAGAAUUCAAGAUAUAACUGUAGCAAGAGAUUUUAGUAGCAAAAGAGAUUCUUUUUUUAUUAAAAUAUUUAUUAAUUCUCUUCCUUCCUUCCUUCCUUCCUUCCUUUCUUUCUCUUUCUUUCUUUCUUUCUUUCUCUAAUCAAUUCUAAAAUCAAACUUCUGUAAAGCUGCAAGCCACAAAAGCUGCUAGUUAGCCAACAUUCAAAGAGAAUCCGUAGGGCCUAUUACAUAUCGUGUUCUUUCUUAUGUUAUAGUGAUAAAGUGCUGUUUAGACUUAUUAAUAAGUGACUGCUUUGACUUACUGUAUCACAUGGUGAAAUGUGAGAAAACAAGAUCGCAUUGUGAGUUUUUCACCAGAAUAAGAAACAAUAUUUUCUAGAUGAUAUUUUAGUGGAACUCAAUGGCAUGUGGUUUAGAUUUUAUUUGUAUUUUUUUUUUUUUGUAGCAUGUAUUGUAUCUUCAGGGUUUAGAUAUGAAGCCCCACAGCAAUGGGCGGACCUGUUUUUUCGGUGCCUUUAUUUAUUUUAUUUAUUUAUUUAAAAGGAAAUCUGCAUAGACUGAAUUUUAAAGUAAGUUCAUGAAAUGAACAAGCUCAUUUCAGCAGAGAAUUGUAGAGAAUCAUGUUGUGUAAACCAAAGGCUACAAACAAAGGAGAUAAAAUGAGUAUUUAUUGAGAGAGAAACGAUACGAUAGGUAAAACAAAUGUUGGAUUAAAUUCUGACAGCAUAAACAGUCUCUUUUUCUUACUUGCCUCUGAAAAUUAUGUGUGAAAAUGUUGUGCAAGUGCCUGAAGUGCUGUCAUAUGGGUUUACUUAAUGAAUGUUCUCUGUGUGGGAACAUUGGCCACAAGAUACAGAAAAAACUAAAUACUUGGAAAGAGCAAAAUGGAAAAAAAAGGUGACAGUUUUUCCUUCUCUAAUUGUUCUGUUUAGUUUUACAAUGCCAUUCUUUGUCUAUGUACUGUAUAUAUGCAUAUACAUUUUUGUAUUUUUAAGAGUAAAUCAUUUCUACAGGGUAAUUUAUAUCUGAAUGUCACUCUAUAGUAAGUAUUGUUUUAUUUUUUGUAGUGUGUAUGUACGAAUAUGUAUGCAAAUAUGUGACAUUUGGAAGUAAGAACAAUAUUACACUUCAAGGGUGUUCAUGUAUAAAACUACAUGUUUAAAUGUUUUCUUUUGUGCAAAUGUAAAAGCCUUAGGAAGAAACAUGUCUAUUUUUGUUAAACAGAAAAUAAUGUAGUUUUGAAUUUUGCUACAUCUUUGUGACUUUGAUGACAAUAAACAGUGGGUUUGAA